CAAAACCCAAAAUAAACCAAAAAGAAAAUAACCAGGCUCCUAUUUGCACCUGCUUCAGUGGAUAACAAAAUCAGAAGGCGGAGGGUCCCCCCUCCCUUCAAGAAGCAUCUUUUGAAUCUACCCUACAAGUAUUCAGGAACAGAUUGUGAGCCUACCAGGGAAGAUCGUGUCCAGCGCGUGUUUCCUCUGCACUAGACUUUGAGACUGACAGAACGCUUUGUAGUGAUUAUUCCUGCAAGUUUCCUUACCAGGAGCUUCCCGCAGGUGGGCAACUAGCUGCAGCAACUACGCACUGCAGCCUGUUGAACUCUUCUCAGCAAGAAAGGGGGAGCAGGAUAAAGGAAUUAGGUAAAAGAUUGAGCCAAGCUUCAGGAUGGAAGUGCAGUUAGGGCUGGGAAGGGUCUACCCCCGGCCACCGUCCAAGACCUAUCGAGGAGCUUUCCAGAACCUGUUUCAGAGUGUAUGCGAAGUGAUUCAGACCCCGCUCCCCCGGCACCCUGAGGCCUCGAGCGCAGCACCUCCCGGCGCCCGUUUGCAGCAGCAGCAGGAGACCAGUCCACAGCAGCAGCAGCAACAGCAGCAGCAGAGAGAGGAUGGCUCUCCCCAAGUCCAGAGCAGAGGCCCCACAGGCUACCUGGCCCUGGAAGAGGAACAGCAGCCUUCACAACAUCACUCAGCCCCCGAGGGUCACCCGGAGAGUGGCUGCGUCCCAGAGCCCAGAGCUGCCUCGGCUGCCAGCAAGGGGCUGCAGCAGCCGCCGCCAGCACCUCUGGAUGAGGAUGACUCAGCUGCCCCAUCCACGUUGUCCCUGCUGGGCCCCACUUUCCCCGGCCUAAGCAGCUGCUCCACCGAUCUUAAAGACAUCCUGAGCGAGGCCGGCACCAUGCAACUUCUUCAGCAGCAGCAACAGCAGCAGCAGGAGGCGGUAUCCGAAGGCAGCAGCGGGAGAGCGAGGGAGGCCACUGGGGCUCUCAUCUCCUCCAAGGACAGUUACCUAGGAGGCAGUUCGACCAUCUCGGACAGCGCCAAGGAGUUGUGUAAGGCAGUGUCGGUGUCCAUGGGCUUGGGUGUGGAGGCAUUGGAGCAUCUGAGUCCUGGGGAGCAGCUUCGGGGGGAUUGCAUGUACGCCCCGCUCCUGGGAGGUCCGCCAGCCGCGGUGCGUCCCACUCCUUGUGCCCCGUUGGCUGAAUGCAAAGGUUCUCUGCUGGAUGAUGGCCCCAGCAAGGGCACUGAAGAGACUGCUGAUUAUUCCCCUUUCAAGGCAGGUUACACCAAAGCUCUGGACACUGAGAGCCUGGGCUGCUCUGGCAGCGGCGAAGCAGGGGGCUCUGGAACACUUGAGCUGCCAUCCACCCUGUCUCUCUACAAGUCUGGAGCACUGGACGAGGUAGCAGCUUAUCAGACUCGCGACUACUACAACUUUCCGCUAGCCCUGGCCGGGCAGCCGCCCCCUCCACCACCUCCCCAUCCUCAUGCCCGCAUUAAGCUGGAGAACCCGCUGGACUACGGCAGCGCCUGGGCGGCCGCUGCAGCGCAAUGCCGCUAUGGGGACCUGGCGAGCCUGCAUGGCGGGGGUGCAGCAGGACCGGGCUCAGGCUCACCCUCAGCCGCCGCCUCCUCUUCCUGGCACACUCUCUUCGCGGCAGAAGAAGGCCAGCUCUAUGGGCCAGCAGUAUGUGGCGGAGGCGGGGGCGGCAGCGCAGGCGAGGCAGGGGCUGUAGCCCCAUAUGGCUACACUCGGCCACCUCAGGGGCUGGCUGGCCAAGAAGGCGACUUCUCCCCACCCGAUGUGUGGUAUCCCGGCGGCGUGGUGAGCAGAGUGCCCUAUCCAAGUCCCAGCUGUGUCAAAAGCGAAAUGGGCCCCUGGAUGGAGAACUAUUCUGGACCUUAUGGGGACAUGCGUUUGGAGACCACCAGGGACCAUGUUCUGCCCAUCGACUAUUACUUUCCACCCCAGAAGACCUGCCUGAUUUGUGGGGAUGAAGCUUCUGGCUGUCACUAUGGAGCUCUCACUUGUGGAAGCUGCAAAGUCUUUUUUAAAAGAGCCGCUGAAGGAAAACAGAAGUACCUGUGUGCCAGCAGAAAUGAUUGUACCAUUGAUAAAUUCCGAAGAAAAAAUUGUCCAUCUUGUCGUCUCCGGAAAUGCUAUGAAGCAGGGAUGACUCUGGGAGCCCGGAAACUGAAGAAACUCGGGAAUCUGAAGCUACAGGAGGAAGGGGAGGCUUCCAAUGCCACCAGCCCCACUGAGGAACCAGCCCAGAAGCUGACAGUGUCACAUAUUGAAGGCUAUGAGUGUCAGCCCAUCUUUCUGAAUGUCCUGGAAGCCAUUGAGCCAGGGGUGGUGUGUGCUGGACAUGACAACAACCAGCCUGACUCCUUCGCAGCUUUACUCUCUAGCCUCAAUGAACUGGGCGAAAGACAGCUUGUACAUGUGGUCAAGUGGGCCAAGGCCUUGCCUGGCUUCCGCAACUUGCACGUGGACGACCAGAUGGCAGUCAUUCAGUACUCCUGGAUGGGGCUUAUGGUGUUUGCCAUGGGCUGGCGGUCUUUCACCAAUGUCAACUCCAGGAUGCUCUACUUUGCCCCUGACCUGGUUUUCAAUGAGUACCGCAUGCACAAGUCCCGGAUGUACAGCCAGUGUGUCCGAAUGAGGCACCUCUCCCAAGAAUUUGGAUGGCUCCAAAUCACCCCCCAGGAAUUCCUGUGCAUGAAGGCACUGCUGCUGUUUAGCAUUAUUCCAGUGGAUGGGCUGAAAAAUCAAAAAUUCUUUGAUGAACUUCGAAUGAACUACAUCAAGGAACUUGAUCGUAUCAUUGCAUGCAAGAGAAAAAAUCCCACAUCCUGCUCAAGGCGCUUCUACCAGCUCACCAAGCUCCUGGACUCUGUGCAGCCUAUUGCACGAGAGCUGCAUCAGUUCACUUUUGACCUGCUAAUCAAGUCUCACAUGGUGAGCGUGGACUUUCCAGAAAUGAUGGCAGAGAUCAUCUCUGUGCAAGUGCCCAAGAUCCUUUCCGGGAAAGUCAAGCCUAUCUAUUUUCACACUCAGUGAAGCUUUGGAAGCCCCCAUUUUCUUACCCCACCUCACUCCCUUUUUCAGAUAUCUUCUGCCUGUUUUAACUCUGCACUACUUCUCUGCAGUGCCUUGGGGAAUUUCCUCUAUUUAUGUACAGUCUGUCAUGAAGAUGUUCUUGAAUUCUAUUUGCUGGGCUUUUUUUUUUUUCUCUUUUCCUCCUUUCUUUUCUAUCUCUCCCUAUCUGACUCUCCCAUGGCACUUUCAGACUGUACUCCCUGCUGUGGCUCUUAUCUGUGUUUUGAAUGCUGUUGUAUUUCUUUAAAUCUGUGAUGAUCCUCAUGUGGCACAGUGUCAAGUUGUGCUUGUUUAUAGCACUGUGCUGUGUGCCAGCUACACAAACGUUUACUCACCUAAUGCCACGUGAAGUUUAGAGAACUAAGAGUAUCUGGGAAAACAAAAGAAAAACAAACAAACAAAAAACACAUUAGGGUUUUUCCCUCUUAAAAAUAUUAAAACAAACAAAUUACCAAAGAGGCCAACAGUAACUAGAAUAAGGUGAAAAUUGCAAGCCCAUGGGGAGUCACUGCUUUUUUUCCCCAAACCCUGUCUCCCUGGGAGACUUUAUUUUCUGCCAACGGCUAUUGCCAUUAGAGGGCAGGGUGACCCCAGAACUGAGGUAGAUGGGGGGUAGAUUUAAGAUAGGACAGAUGGAUUACCAGUACCUGCCCACAGCCUUGGCCCCUGAGAGCUAGGCUGUUCAACUGCAGCACAAUUCAUGGUACUGAAAAAUGUGCUUCAUGUUUGAAAACCUGUCUGUUGAGAAUGCCUCCCCACACCAGUCCCUUUUCUCUCGCAUCCUCUGCCUCCACCCUCAAAUUGACUUUCAAUAUCUUUUCUAAGAGCUUUGAACUGAAUGUUCUCUUUAGCCAAAACUUGGCCACUUCCACUGAAGAAUCAGACCAGCAAGAGGGAGAGGGAGAUAUGACCUUUUGUAAGGCCCCAUUCUGAUCCAGGUCUGCUUUCCCAUUUGUGGCCCAGGGAGGAGCCUGGGGCUAGAGUCAAAGGAAAAGGAAGUGGUGGCUUGACUGUUCUCCUGCUUAGGACACUGAAGAUUUGAUCCUUCUUUGCCUCUACCUUUAAGAGACCUGAAUGUUUUCUGCCUGACUCCAUGCAGUUGCAAGCAUCGUCCAUCCUCCCUUCUGUGUUUUGUGGGCCUGAGCUUCACCAGACUUCAUUACAGCCACAGUGGUGAAACUUGUCCACUCCUUGGGCACGUUCAGACUCUCUGCUAAGAACUCCCAUCCCCAAGAAGGCUAGCAAGUCAGCAGUCUUGAUGUCUAUCUCUAGAUGCCAGUAGGCUCAAAGACUUCUUACCAUAUGUCUCUCAUCAACUGAACUCUCAGAACUCUGGAGACCUUAAACAAACUGGAAAGAAGGCAUCAAUGGGAUUGGACAAGCUGGGCGUCUUGCCCUUGUCCCCCAGAGAUAACACCUUCCCACCAAGUGAAGAAUUCCCACUUCCUCCUUCAGAGCAGCUAAAGGGGCUACCCAGAUCUAUGUUGAAGAGAAAACUCUGUUACCAAGGUGAGAAAAAUGAAGGCACUAGAACCGAAAAUCCUGUAAAUGCUCUCCUUUCCAUCCAACAUAUCCACCUGCAGAAGUAAGGGGAAGAAGAGAGAAGAAAUCAAGAGAAUACUAACUAAUAAAUUAAAAGUUUUCAGAAGGAAAGUCUAAAGCCAGAUGGGCACCAUCUGGUGAGUUUAUUCACCAUCCUUCUCUGCUGCUGAUUCUGGGCUCUAACGUUGGCCAUACUCACUCAGCCACCUUUGUUGCUGCCUCUCGGCCACAGGAAGCUGAAAUAUUGAAACUACCAAACCAUGGCCUCCUUUGGAAAGGUCUGGUUGGUGUGACUCUGAUGGGCUGCCACCUAUGAACUUGGUGUACUCCUGGGACACUGGUUUCAUAUAGUCCUUUGGCACUCCUUUGUUCUGUUGACUUUGUCCCCCAGUCACGAGUACUGGGGAAUGCCUACCUACUUUCUCAUCUUGGCCACUGCCUCUUCACAUAGCUCUUAAAUUCAUCUGCUAAACAACAAAUUAGAGACCAGUCACAAAGCUGCCCAUUUCAGCUAGUUCACUCUACUUGUUGUUGAGAAGAUAGUUUCUGAGUGACAUGAUAUGAUCUACAUGGGUUUCCUCCCCUGAUUUCUGCUGAUAUUAAUAGCCAAAUGAACCUGCAAAACAGCUUCUUUAAAUAACAAGGGAGAGGGGAACUUAAGAUGUGUGUUAUACCGAUCCAAGUCUGCUGGACAAAUCUAAAGCUGACAGGUUCUCUUUAUAAGGUAGGAUAGAACAAUUCUGUUUUUCUUUGUUAUGACACCAUUUGGCUUAUAUAGGCUUACAGGAUCACUUUUAGCUGUUUUAAAGAGAAAAAAAUCCACCACUCUAUUCAUUUAAACUAGGUUACUUUUUAAUAGUUCCUUUACAUAUGUUUUGAAAUGAUCCUCAUCUUUUGUGGUACAUGGAUUUGAGUAUAUCAUUCUAAUACCUCUCCUUGUAAAUACUAGAUGCUCUCCUUUCCAUUUCUCUGGCUAUCAAGGUUUUCAUCUUUUUAGAUUUCCCAAUCGUGACUCUUGUCUUUAUGAGUAUAUGUUUUUCACUUGUGAAAGCCAAAAAUCAGAAAUGGCAGUGUGAUUAAAAACAGAAACAACUAGAUUACUCUGAACUCCCAAAUGGCAAGACUAGGAGAAAAUGGCCUAAACAAAUAUUUAGGUGUACUGUUUUUGCACUGGGGUUUCAGUGAGCAAAAGAGAUUUUAGCUUAGCUUUGUCUCCCACAGAUGAAAGGGGGAUUUUUUUUUUUCUUUUGGCCAUUGUUGUUCCAGCCAGCAUAAUUGACAGAAGUCUCAUUUUGCAUGCACUCUGCUCUACAAGCAGAGUUAAUACGGUUGGUACACUGUGCUCACCUUUGAAGGACUGGCCAUCCACACCCAUUCACCUGGUGAGCUUAAAGAUGAGGAUCACUCACCAGACAAGCCAUGGAGACUAUCCCCAAAAAGGUUUGCAGUGCUCAAUGGGGAUGGAGAGUGAGGAAGAGAAAAAGAAGGCGCACCAGGGAGAAAGUCUCAUCUGUGCUGGGCAGCAGACAGCUGCCAGGUUCAUAAAUUCUGUGGUCAAGGGAAAGAGUCGUGUGGCAGUUUCAGCUCUUGCUCAUUGGGCAGCUUGCCCAGGCCUGGCUUCUGAGUUGAAAUGGGGGUUGGGUACUUUGUUCCAUAGCUUUUCUAUGCCACAGACAGUAUCUUUGUUCUUGGAGAGUUCAUUAUUUUUUUAACAAGAAAGGAGUUUUUUGAAGGAUUCUGUCAUAUAUCUUUGAAAAAAAGAAUCAGUAAUACAUAUAUUUUUAUAUAUGUUAACUGGCAGUAAAAAAGGUGGGGGGAAGGAGUUUCACUCUGUCCUUUGGGUAGUUGCUGAAGUGAUUUUCCAGGUUGAGAAAUAAUGCGCUGAUGCUAGAAUCCCUCUCUGUUCAUACUCUACUUCUAUAUACAUAUAUGCAUAUAUAGCAAGAAAUAUUCUAUUUGUACUUCAAGAGAAAACAGGUCCACCAUCCACAUGAUAUUGAUACUACACAAAUGAUCUUAUGGUAAGCAUCAGGUAGCUUCUGAGUGUUUGUUUCAUUAGGCACAGCACAGACAUGGCCUUGUCCUAUUUUCUUUCUUGAUACUGGGCAUGACUCAAAAGUACAAGCCACUCCCUCUGCUCCCUCUCAGUCUUGUGCUAGGGUUGCACUUCAUGAGACUCUCUUCAGACAGCUUAGUAACUAUCCCUGCAUGGUUCCUACAUGGCCCUGGGAAGACAAGAGGUUGAAUAUUAUUUUAUGCCAGUUGCCCAGGUGAGAGGACACUGGGCCCAAGGGGGUGACCUUCAUGCUCAACUAUAUGUAGGGGGUCAUGAGAAUCAGGAAUGCUAAAACACAAGAUCCAAUCCCAAACUUAAAGUCAAAAUAAGCCAUUUAUCAUAUGCAAUAUCUUAUAAAAGGAAGUUUCUACCCUUGCUGCCUUUUAUAGGCAGGUCUGUUCUCACCACUAAUCUCUUUGAAAAUCUGUGAAA